AUGCCAGAGGACGGUGAACGCUCUGUCUUGAACCGGAAAAAGUCUCAAAAUGUUCACUAUAUGUCGAUACCCAUAAACAGGGGCUCCGAAGGCGAAAUCUACGAUGAGCUCCACCAGCAAGACGGUUCCCAUCGGAGAAACCUUUUUGAUCAGCCGAUAGGCUCCUUCAAAGGUGUCAACUCUCUGGGUAGGUUUGCAUCCUCAUUAAGAAGAGCCAAUUCGUUCAUGAACAUUGACGUGGGGCCUGAUAAGGAGCGUACCUACCUCAAAGAUGGUCAAGAUGCGCUAUUCGAUCCAUACACUUUAGCCCCUUCCGCAGAUGGAAGGCGGCUGUCACACGCAGUCGCUGGACGAGGUGGCCUGUCCCUUAGACCUUCCAUGAGUGAAUUAUAUGAUGAUGGUGCUCUGUUUGAUGAACAAGAUAGCAUCACAGUACCUGGAACCAUCUUUCCUCAAGAUGAGAUAGCGUCGAGAAGACCAACUUUGAGCUUCCAAGACUUAGAUGGAAAUAUAGAUCCUGAUGCUCACUCAAUUAUCUUGAAGAAAGUGGAAAAUAAAGAUGGCAAGAUCGUGACACUUCUAGCGGGGCAAUCCACUGCUCCUCAAACUGUUUUCAAUUCUGUCAAUAUUUUGAUAGGUAUAGGCCUUUUUGCGUUACCUCUCGGUCUCAGGUAUGCGGGUCUCAUCGUCGGAAUCCCCAUGCUUGCCAUCUUCGCCUUUACCGCUUUUUACACUGCUGAGCUGAUUUCGCGUUGCCAGGAUGAAGAUCCGACAAUGAUUUCCUACGGUGACCUCGGUUAUGCAGCUUUUGGCUCCAAAGGCAGGGCCUUCAUUUCUUUCUUGUUCACAAUUGAUCUUUUAUCGUCCGGCGUGGCCUUGAUGAUUAUCUUCGGAGACUCUCUCAAUGUCUUAUUCCCAAAAUAUUCUGUCACUUUCUUUAAGCUGGUUGCAUUUUUUGCCAUUUUGCCGCAGACAUUGGCACCACUGAACGUUCUUUCAACUUUCUCGCUACUCGGAAUAGUUUCCACCCUCGGAACUGUUUUUUGCAUCGCUUUCUGUGGCCUCUACAAAACAUCAUCUCCUGGUUCAUUGGUGGAUAUAAUGUCUCCGCCAUUGUGGCCGCAGAACAUGACCAAUUUCGGGCUAGCAGUUGGCAUUUUAAGCGCUUGCUGGGGUGGGCACGCUGUCUUUCCAAAUCUGAAAAGCGACAUGAGACAUCCUGCAAAAUACAGGAAUUGUUUAAAAACGACAUUUGCGAUUACUGCUUCGGCAGACAUCUCAACCGCGGUUCUCGGCAUAUUGAUGUUCGGUGUGAGCGUUAAGGACGAAGUCACUAAAAGUUUGCAAUUAACACCAGGAUAUCCACGUUUCAUUUACGUCUUAAUAUCCGCUCUGAUGACACUCAUUCCGAUUGCGAAAACUGCGCUCACGACCCGACCAAUCAAUGCUGUGCUAGAUGUCACGAUGGGUAUCACAACUUCGCAGCCGGGGAGUGACGGAUCCCUUCCCCGGUCGAAACGUAUCAUUUCUUCAUUCAACGGGCUAUUGAUUAACGCCAUCAUCAUUGGAAUCAGUAUUCUAUUUCCCGAAUUCGAUAAGUUCAUUGCUUUUGUGGGAGCGGGACUCUGCUUUACCAUCUGUGGCCUCUUGCCAUGCAUUUUUUACAUGACCAUCUGCUCCGAGACCAUAACGAGUUGGGAAAAAAUCGUAUGCACAAUCAUCAUUCUCUUCAGCGUCGUGCUAUCUAUCUUCGGAGUAGGUGCAGCCAUUAUUGCGUGA